ACUAAAACGGAAUAAAAGAGUAGAUUCACAAGUUCUAUAUUUCCAUGUUGAGCUCUGAGAUACUUUUUUUAACUUAAAUUUGAAAUUACAGAACUUGCAAGUGAAAAUGGUUAUUUCAGUUAAGAUUUGAAUUUGGUAAAGAGGAGCAAAGAUGGCACUGCUGAGAACGUUUUCGUCUGAAGUUACAGUUGUGAAGUCGGACGUAUUUCAGCGGGUUUUAGCCGGAUUUCCUGCAGGGAUACAAAUGGCAUUUGCGUAUGGAUCAGGAGUUUUCCAGCAGACAGGAACAGACAUGUCUAAAAACAUGCUCGACUUUGUUUUCGUCGUUGAUCACCCAGAAGAAUGGCAUAGAGAAAAUAUCUACAGAAAUUCUAAACAUUAUUCUUUUUUGAAGCGCUUAGGUUCAAAAACUGUAACAAAAAUCCAAGAUCGCUAUGGCGCUGGUAUAUAUUUUAAUACCCUCGUUCCUUUUGAACAAAGGUUGAUAAAGUAUGGUGUCAUAGGUACAGAUGUAUUAAUUUCCGAUUUGAUGAAUUGGGAUUCGUUGUAUGUUAGUGGACGAUUACAUAAACCGGUGAAAAUUAUAAAGAAGCCGCAUUCGGCGAGACUCAUUCAAGCUUUACACGCAAAUUUGUGUAGCACUGUUCAUGCAUCCCUGUUACUUUUGCCAGAGACUUUUACGGAGAAUGAUUUGUACACAACAAUAACUGGUCUAUCAUAUAGCGGGGAUUUCAGAAUGAAGUUUGGAGAGGAUAAGGGGAAAGUGUCUAAAAUCGUCGCUCCAAAUUUUCCUUAUUUCAACAAACUUUAUAAACCCAUUUUAGACGAUACUAUGUACUUAAAAUACAAUAAUCGUAUAAAUAUGUUUAUUCAUUACCAGAAUGAAGUUACGAGGUUCUAUCAUCUAAAUCACGUACCGCGUGUUGUCGUAGAAGAGUUGCUAGCAAUCCGUAAAAAAUCAUUCCCCAAUAUCUACCCAGAUGUUGAGGAUAUUGUUCGGAGUACAGCAUUAGAUAGUGGCUGUGCCAAGUACGUGUCUGAAAGUAUUUCGAAUAUUGUGAACAAGUCGAGCUGGAGUCAGAGUAUAAAGAGUAUAUUGACAGCUGGUGUUCGCAAGAGUGUUAGGUAUAGCUGGAGUAAAGUUAAGAAAAUGUUAAAAGGAAUGAAAUCUAAGGCUGGCAGUAAAUGAAAAAUAAGAGAUUGGUUGCAUGGAUAAUCACACAUUAUUUCGUUCCGAAACUAAACAAGUUUAUUUCUGAUAAUUAUAACUCUUAUAAGAGGAGAAUGUAAAACUGCUCCAUAUAAUUUAUUUUUACACUGUGACAGUGAAAUUAUGUUUGAUGAUGUAGCUUUAUGGCAUUUUUUUCCAUUUUAGGAUUCAAGCAAAUAAAUGUUUGUCAGCUACUUAAGUCAGAAUGUUAUGUUUUGUCCAAAAAGUUGUAAACAUAAUGAUUUAAAAUAUAUUUUUAUACAGUACCACACUGUUAAACAGUUACUGAACAUUUCAAACCACAAUUAACAUUAUCUUACAGAUUAGAAAAAUCUUCAAUCAGUCAUCAAGGAGAAUUAUAAUGCCUAAAAUGGGAUUCAAACCUAUGGCCUCAUAAGAAGUUUUGUGUUGCAUAUGUACUUAAUAUGAUGAAGUAUGUUAAACUUUGUUAAAUAUUUAUCUAUUUUUCUUAUUACUCAUAUAGACACUAAAGCAAUAAUUGUACUUGAAGAUAUUUUGCACCAGAUUUCGUAAUCUAAAAACAAUAGUAGAGGGUCAUAUUUUGAGAAAGAGUAAGUUGAGUUAAAAAAAGUGAUCCUUGCAACUAAUUUUGAAGGGAAGGGAGACCACUCUGCAAUAACUAUUGUUGGACUUUAUAUCAGAAGGUGAUUUAAAUCCCCUGCAAGUCACACAUUUCCAUACCACUUUGCAUGGGAAAUCAUAACUAAGUCUUAUUGUUUAAGAAAUAAUAAGUUCCCAAACGUGGUUUAUCGUAGAAUAACCCGAGUUUUGAGUUCUUAUGCGUAAGAAUAUAUUGUUUCGAAUAAGAAGGAAAAAACUCGGGAUAUUCUACGAUAAAUCACACUUGGGAACUUAUUAUUCCGAUUCUAACAUGACAUACUAGUAUCAACAGUGUUAGAAAAAAUGGUAACUACUUUUUGCGACCGUGCUACGCACCUGGAUUGGAUGACAUCAUUGCAUGCGAGUGGUUUAUUGCAGAAUAGCCCGAGAUAGAUUUUGCUCUACAUGUAUGUAGGUUAUUUGCUUGUCUGUUAGAAUAAUAAUUAAUACGGAUUGAUUUUAAUAUAGACAACAGUAUGUAACAAAUCAGUGUUCUGAAAAGAUACAACUAUAAAUUUCUAUUCAAGAAAUGCUCUGGGCGAAUUGUGACAUCUUCUGUACUGAAAUGUGUCAAAAAGCAUGGAAUUUCUCAAGGUGGUAUGUUCAUAAAGAGAAACAUGUACUGUAUAUGUAUAUAUGUAUGUACUUAACAAAUGUAUUCAGUUUUACUGUAAGUACAUUUUUGAAAUUUUGCGUACUCAUAUCAAUAAGUCAUUAAUAACAUUUUCUAAAACUAUGCCAUCAUAUAAGUUUACUCAUUUUACCACCUAAGGUAGUUCUGCACGUUUGGCUAAGCCGCUCAAAAAUGUUUCUGCAAUGUAGAAUUUGACUUCUAUGUAACACUGAUUUUUCAAAACUUCAGAAACUUCAAACUAAAAACAUUCUGCAAAUAAAAAAAGAUGGGGUUGUGUGCUUGAUUUUUUGCUAGACUGAUUUGAAAAAUUUGGACCUAACACUAAAACUAAAAGUUUUCGUAAUGGAAAUCUAUGGGAAAAUCACAAUUUUGUUAACAUUUUCGUGAAUAGAAAUUUUUCUACAAAGUAGAUUCUAAUGAAACCCCUCAUAUUCGUAAAUAAACAAAUGGCCUGUAAUAUGGUGAAAUAUAAUGUAUAUAUGUCUGUAUGUCAGUUGUUUUUAGAUAUUUGCUCAAGAUUAAAUUGGUUAUCACAUUUCAAGCUGAUUUUAAAAGAUUAUUGAGAAUGAUUUAACACGCCAGACGUUUUAGUUACAUAUUUUAUCUUUAGAUACAUAGUAACAUUGUUGUAUUAAUAACUGUACCUGCAGAUUUCCAGAAACUUAUAAAAAUGAUUUUCGUUCCUGAGUCCAAGCUUUAUUUUACAUUUUCUGGAUUAAUGAUGUUACGCCAGUACUUCCGGUUUAUCAAACAUGCAGAAGUACCUUACACCCAUUCUUGAAAAGUCACAAGUAUGAACUAAAGUGUCUAGAAUUUGCAAAAUAGCUUAAACCGUUUUAAAGGAAGAACAUGACAGCAAAAGAAGAAAAUACCAUAUCAUCAGAGAGCAUUUAAUUUUUGUGUAAUAUACAUGUAACCAUUCUCUUGUAAAACUUCCAACUUUAUCCUUAAAAAUGGUAUUCACCCAUAUUCUCAAAGCACAACUUCUCUGAUGUAUCUUUGUGACUUUUGAAAAUUCUGUGUGGCAGUAAAUUGAAUAAAAUUAUGUAUAUAUUUGCAAUGGUAGUUCAAUAAGUUUAGAAUUUUGAUUUUUUACUUACAACAUAUUGAUCUAAAUGUGUAUUUAAUUUCAGAAAAGUACUUUCAGUAAUAUUUAUGAUAUUGGCAAAAUAGCUAUUGGUGACAUAGCAGUUUUGUUCAGUUUAAAUAAAUGUGUCAAACAUUUUGACUCAAAAUAUGCAACAAAUAUCUAGAAAUAUGAGAAAAUCAAAGAAACAUUUUAAAUAGUGCUUGCAGAAUGACUGUUCUAUCCUCUAUUUCAGGUAACAGAUGUUUAUUUUUCAGUUACUUAGAUAAGAAGUAAAGUGUGAAUUGAAAAAAAUAUAUAUUCCAGAGAAAAUUAUUAUUCAGGUUGUUUCCCUUUAGUAAAGAGGUUUAUGAAUAAUGUUUCAAAGGUUGGUAACAAUUUAACUUUAAAGAAUUCAUCCCUUAAGUUCUACUAUAAUUAUUGAAGAACAAAAUUUGUAUAGAAAAAUGUACACUUACGCACAUUUGUAAGAUGUUCACAGGCUGCAUCAGUAUUUGUAUACACUGAAUAGUUGUUAAGAUAUAGAAACUCUAUGCAAUUAUGAUUUGUUUUUGUAUUAAAGAGAACAGUAAAGUGUAAUGAUUA